AUGGCUUCCGUUCCCGGAUCGAGAUUCGGCGGCAAAAUUCUCCGAACGCGACGGAGCGCCGCCGCGAGGAGCCGCACCCCGUACGACCGGCCCGCCACGGUCGAGCCUCCUAGCCCUAAUUGGCUCUCGCGUUUCGUUUUUUCUCCUUCGCGUUUCAUUGCUUCUGGCGCCGGGAAAAUCAUCUCCUCUGUUUUGGAUCUCGAUAAUUCCUCCCCUUCUCCUUCCUCCUCUGCUACUUCUUCUCCCUCCUCUUCCGCUAACGAUUCCGACGCUGGGGUUUUAUUUUGUUUUGAUUAUUCGAGCUUGUGUGCGCUGACUUUGGUUGUAGUUGAUAGGCUUGGUAGAUCUAGUAUCCGAGAGGAAGUUGGUACUUUCGAUGAUGAAAAUGAUAACCAGUCGGACGGUGAUGUGGCGUUGAGCAAGAUUGAAGUGUUUUCACUUGUUAUGCAAGCAGUGCAUGAUGACGCUUGCAUUCACAUGUACGUUGUUCCACUGACUUAUGGACCUUUUGGAAAUUUUAGAAGGCUUCAUUCGGAUGGGAUAUCAGAACUUAUCAAUUUUUCUGUGAAGGAGCUCAAGCCAUUUGUUGGGAAUAGCAAGAACAAGCAUACCAUUGAGCAGCAUCUUAUGAAGGAGUCAUUCUCAAGAUCAAGAGUUGUUGAUCCUGCAAAUGAUGACGAUGGAGAUAGGAGGGCGACAGAUAUACUCAACAAGACUCUUGGAACCGAUUCAUAUUCACCCGAUCUCCAUAGUGCUGCCAUUAUGGAGGCAAAGAAAUGGCUACAGGAAAAGAAGUCAGGAUUUGAUACAAAUUCAGAUAUAGGUUAUGGAAGUCCUUGUUUGAAUUUGGUUGCAUUACCACAAGAUCUCAAAGACGAAGGCUCACCAGUGGAUGUGGCCAAGUCAUACAUGCGCACACGCCCUCCAUGGGCAUCACCUACCAUAGACCACACUAAAUCUCGAACACCAUCUGGAAUUCAGCUCUUUAAAGAAGAAACACCAUAUCUAUUGGGCAACAAUUCUACACCGUCCUCCAAGCUGAAAAGGGAUUCUGCUACCACUGGUUCGUGGAGUAUUCAGGAUGAAAUACGUAGAGUGAGAUUCAGGGCAACAGAGGAUUUGCUUAGGACACUUCCCUCCUCUAAAAUUGAUUGGUCUGCAUUUGGAAUGGAGAAUAAAAAUAAUGUAAACUCUUCAGCUAUUGAAAAUAUUGGAGCUAGUUUGGCAGAGGGAGUACAUAAUUCUACAAAUCUAGUGGAUGCACCUGCAAACUUGGCUGGAGGAUUUGGUUCUCAGGUCUCUCCAGAUUUGGAGAGUAAACUGGAUGGGUUCCAACCUGAAUCUGUGCUGUCUGUGCCAGUUAACAUUAAUUCUGAACAGGAUCAGGACUCUGUUGCUGUUCAGCAGACCAAAGGUACACAAGAUGACAGCAGAGAAAUAACUAUUUCAGGACUAGGCGAUGGGUUCUCAAAUGAUAUACACAGGGAUGACGGUCUGGUUAAAGUCAAUGGCAUCAAUGACACAAAUGGGCUAGGUCAUCAGCUAGACUCAGUCGAAGAAACUAGAGAGGCUAUAAAUUAUAGAUUACAAGAUAGUAAACACGUAGUAGCCCAAGAAAAGGUUAGAGCAGAAGAUGCAUUAGCAAAUGGGUUCCCCUCUUCAGAGCCGAGUUUCAAUGCAGCUCAGGUUAUUGAACCGAACACAAAGGCAUUGGAGGACAAAGAACCCAAUACAAAUGCUUCAAGUCAGGAAAGGACAGCUCAGGUUGUUCUUGAGCAAGAGGCUUGUAAGACACUGCGUGAAUCAAUGGACGUGCCUGAUGUGAUUGGGGACGAUGAUGGUGUUGCCUCUGGUUCUCAGAACAGUUCCAGUGUACAGUACGAGGUUCAACAAGCUACUUCCCAACUGGGUGUAGAAUCAGGUUUGCCAUCCACACCAACUAGCAUUGGUAAGCAAAGGGGAAGAAGAAUUACAACCAGAUAUAACAGAAGGGGCCGGGGUCGGGGUGUCAAAUGA